GGCCGCACCCAACACUGCUGCAGUUAUCUCGCCGUAUUUUUCGUCAACGGUCUAUUCGUCCACUGUACGCAGAUCACUCAGCCUUGGUGUAACUCCAUUUACGUGGGAGCUUAGUUGUUACACCACUGGUUUUAGAAGAGAGGAAUAGUGAUCUCUAUGCGGCUGUGAUCACUUCCGAUAUCUUCGAGCACUGAAAAUGAGGUUUUGUUAUCUACAUCUAGAAUCUAGAUCUAGAUCUAGAAAUCUAGAUCUGCUGAGAUGAAAGUUAGAUCGGGUCUGGAGAGCGACCCAUUGCCUGUGUGUAACAGGGUUAGCGGGGUGUUUUUAUUUUCUAAAAGGAACAAAUUAGUAGUCUAUAUUCUAUAUGUCGUCUAUAUAUAUUCAUAUAUGUCGUUAGUAGUAUUUAAAAGGUCAUGGACUUUAUAGAUCUAUUCUGGAGAAAAUCUAGUCACUAUAGUGUGUACAAAAUUUUCAUUUGAAAAAGAAUGAUCAUCAACAUACAGAGUCUAGCAGCUGGCGGAAGCAGCAUUUAGAUUCAAUUCACUAUGAUGAAUGAUCAUGUCAGAAGUAUCGUACUAAUCUUUGAUGAAUCACUCAUGCGAAUUCAAACAGUAUCAGAGCUUCUUCUUAUCUCAUGCACACCACGUCCCGUAUUUACAAGACAAGAUGAUUUGGAACUAUGCGAAGACAAUUUUAUUAAGUAUCGGGACAAAGUUAUUAGCCAGCUGAAUAAAAUGAUGAUAUUGUCAAGGGAUUUAACGAGUCAGGCUCAUGGAAAACAGAUACAUUGGAAACAGUUUUGUCAACAAGUACAAGAGCUGACUACUGUUGUUGUUUACCUCUCAGAGUUAUGUGCUCAUAUUGCCUACCUCAUAGCAAUCAACAUACAUGGCUCAGAGCCAGCUCUAGCAGGCCCUGUAACAAAUAUACAUCAGAUGACCCAGGCUGACUUGGAUAUCAAAUUUACAUGUACAAGGCUCAAAAGAUUGAAGCUUGAUGAUAUUCCUCCACAUGUUUUGGUAGACUUGUGUAGCUCAAUUACAAAAUCUUUGACUGCAGUAACAGAUAUAUGUAAAAAUGCUGCUGAAAAAAUUUCAGAUCCUAAUGAUCAGGAUCAGUUCAAAUUGUGCAUAAAAGCCAUCACUUCAACAACUGGAUGUCUGGUAUCCAGCAUUAAAUGCUUUAAGCAGUCUCCCACUGAAACUCAUUUAAGGCGAGUGGUGGCCUUCUGUGAUCCUGUAACCUCAGCUAGUUCUGCUUUACUUUGUUUCGCUAGUGAAGAGUCUUUUAUGGGUGCACCUGGUAUCCUUUCCAGUGAAGCUUCUGAAAUAUUCAAAUCGAUUUUGGGACUGUCCAUGAGUAUUGCUUCAGCCAACAUACAAAUCUGCAGAGCUGUUCGUGACCUUGUGUAUGCCCCUUCACCAAAACGAAAUCAGGAUCGCUUGUCAUUAUGCGUGGAGUCUGUUACUAGAUCAUCGUCCCAGCUACGAGAUUUGUUGCUGACUCAUGAAUUCAUCUCAAAGUCAAUUCAUAACACAAAUAUUGAACCAAAUAAACUGUUACCUUUAGUACAGCAAUGUUUUAUAAUGUCAGCAGAUGGAAAACAAGAUUAUCGGUACUCUAAGGCUUCAGCUAAACAAAGAAACCAUGCCUCUAUGACACCAAAAGAAAAAGCUUUUACAUCUCCUGAAACUGAGACAAAUAAAGAGAUCAUAUCUAUUGGGACUGUUCAUGUAAUUGAUCCCAAUGGCUUCGAUAAAUCACCUACUAAUUUGACCUCACCACCAUCUUCAUUGUCCAUGGAAGUGACUUUUGAGGACAUUCAUUUGGAUAACCAACAGAGGGUGUCUUCUCCUAAUCAUAUUUCUCCCCUUCUUUCAUCACCAAUGUCAACAUCUACCUUAUCUUUAGCAUCAUCUUCAUCUUUCAAUAUAGAUUCCUUGUGUUUUAUUGAUAAACAUUCGGCAAUAAAUGAAGUUAAAGAGCCUAUAGAUUUACUUAGAGAAGGAAUAAUUAAUGAAGAAAACAGUAUUGUACAGCAAACAACUGAAUUCAAAAACUGACUCGGUCAUCUUGAGCCAUUUUUUAAUGAAUAGAAUGAUUUAAUACCAGUUUUAAAUUUUGAUUUAAUACUUAUAUAAAAAUGUAUUUAUUUAUUUACACAUUGUUAUCCAAUAGAUAUUAUUUUACUGCAAAUAAUGCUUUUCCAGAAAAUGUGUUCUGUAAUUUUCAGAAAAUUACUUAAAUUUUCCUAUAGAAUCUUAUUUUAAUACUUUAUAGACAAAAUUACAUGGCACAUGUAAUCAUGUUAUUUCCAUAACAGCUACACAUUUUAGGUAAAUAAAAACAUCUAUUAAUAAUAGUCUCUUCAUCUUUCACUAAGAUAAGGGAAACAGGCACACAGAGGAGAUGGAAAUUAAACCCAACUUUUAAAGCUUGGGUUCAGUUCGGUUUGGUCAGAUUUAUGUUUGGUUGCCUAGAUAUAGGCUACAACGAUACAAAAUAAUGAUAAUGCGGAGGUGUAGAUACCCUUCUGAGAAGGACAAGCUUAACAUCACGAAUGCAACAGUUUCUACAAUAUGUAAUCUUUUAAUGUAGCCCAGUGCUAACAAGUUAAUAAUAAAGAAUGCUAUCAGGGGAGAUAAUAUUUUUUUUACAUUAUCAGGGGAGAUAAUAAUUUUUUUACAUGCAGUACAUGUUCAAUAGUCACGGUGAAUAGCAUAAACUAGUGGGAUGAAAAUAAAAGGGAGAUCAACGAAUGAUGCUCACCUGUGGUGUAACACAAAUAUAUAAUUCAUAUAGCUAGAACAGUUUCCAAACUACCUCCAACCAGUCUGUUCUUAACUAAUGCAACUUUGAAUAAACAUAGAUGAUUAAAUCUGAUAUUCUAAAGAAAUGAUAUUACGAGAGAAUAUUGAAACUAAAUAAAUAGAACUUUGGGAGUCAGUUAUAGAGAUCGGGUCUAAAACAAGGAAAUCGUGUGCCAAACUUCGAGUCAACCACUUAUUGAGGUUGUGACAGAGCGACGCAGGAGGUUUGCGGGACAUGUUCUCCCUAAGUAACCUAGCAUACCAAGAGCUGCGAUGACAUGGGGUUAGGAGGAAAGCCAAUAUGUUACACUCAAACAGGGACGCUCCUUUCGUACGAGUCACAACCAGAAACCACUUGUGGGGCUACUACAAAUGCUGUACUGAUUCUGUCGCUCCCCAGUUGCCCCUGUUGGCUGAUCUACGAGCCUCAGUUAAUUCGCAUCAAUUAAAACAGGUGAUAUUUAUCAACACGGGUUGCCAGAAGUUACAAAUGGCCGAUAAAAACCUCCCUGGACUUCUACUUUCGAGUUAAGGCCAUAUCUUUGCUACCAUUUGACUUAAAAAGAAGGAUUAUGUUUCAAUUUACACAUAGUUUCCGACUGCUGGGAUACGAAAUAUCAUUGGCGUCAUUAAGGUGGGUGUCACCCCCGCCCCCCCCACCCUUAAAAAAUCCUAUCUUUCCCAUUUGUUUGUUGCGCUGUAUUACAUAUAGUUUAUAGUUUGAUUGUUCAACAACUAUAAAACGAGUGUAUAUUUAAUUCAGUUGUUUAUUACAAUUUAUCUAAAGUUCACUGGGUUAGUGUAGCCAUGUGAAACUGCACGCAUCCUUAAUCUUUAGAAUCAAAGACAUUGCCAUUAAUCUAUAGUUCAAUUUUGCAGCAAUGCAGUCAUAAGUAAGUUACACUGUUUGAAAACGUAUCAUUAACUUCAAGUUUCCAUUUUUAAUAAAAUUCACAUUUGUGAAA